ACAUUUGGGAAGAGAGGUAGAGGAUGAGCACUCACAUCCUCUGUUUUCAUCUUAUUCCUAAAAUAUUAAUAAUAAUAACUAUAUAGCUAUAUACACCUCUUUAGAUCUCUGGUUAUAGUUUCUACCAUUUUCCCAAUUUGGGUUUUUUCUUGAAAAAUGUUCAAUCUUUACAAAUGAUACAUUGGAUUGUUUUUUGAUUGAUGGUACAAGGAUCCAUGUUCUUGGAUUGAAUCCAACACUUUCCCCUUGCUGUUUGAUCAGUAUUCCCACCUGGAGUCUGCCUGAUUUGCUAGAUAAGAAAUGAUGGAGUCAGAUCUUGGUAAGCUAUUCAUAGGUGGGAUUUCUUGGGACACGGAUGAGGAUCGUCUUAAAGAAUAUUUCAGUUCAUAUGGAGAAGUGGUGGAAGCUGUGAUCAUGAGGGAUCGUAAUACUGGCCGUGCUCGUGGUUUUGGUUUUGUUGUAUUUGUUGAUCCUGUUGUUGCUGAAAGAGUAGUUAAGGAGAAGCAUAUGAUUGAUGGACGAACGGUUGAGGCAAAGAAGGCUGUUCCUAGGGAUGAUCAACAAAUAGUAAAUAGAAACAAUAGCAGCAUUCAAGGAUCUCCAGGUGGUGGACGCACAAAAAAGAUAUUUGUAGGAGGCUUAGCAUCUACUGUCACGGAGAGUGAUUUUAAGACAUACUUUGAUCAGUUUGGUACAAUUACAGAUGUCGUAGUGAUGUAUGACCAUAAUACUCAGAGGCCAAGAGGGUUUGGAUUUAUAACUUAUGAUUCGGAGGAAGCAGUUGAUAGGACAUUGUUUAAGUCUUUUCAUGAACUAAAUGGUAAACUGGUUGAAGUAAAGCGUGCUGUACCAAAGGAGCUAUCUCCAGCGCCUAGCCGUAGCCCUUUCAUGGGAUACAACUAUGGACUCAAUAGAGCCAACAACUUCCUCAACAACUAUGCUGCUCAGGGUUAUAAUCUAGCGUCGGUUGGAGGAUAUGGGGUCAGGAUGGAUGGCAGGUUUAGUCCAGUUGCCGGUGCUCGUGCCGGUUUCUCUCAGUUUGCUUCUCCUGCUUAUGGAAUGGGUGUCAAUUUGGACCCGGCGUUGAGCCCCACCUUUGCAGGAGCUUCCAACUUUAGCAAUAAUCUUGGUUAUGGACGGAUACUAAACCCAUAUUUCGGUGCAAAUUCAAGCAGAUACACUACUCCUAUUGGAUACAGCACAAGCAACAAUAGAGCGGAUUCUUUUCUAAGCUCCCCAACCAGGAAUUUAUGGGGAAAUAUUGGCCUCAAUGCUUCAGCAAGUUCUGGUGGUCCAGGUUCAUUUGUAGGCUCUGGAAGCGGAAAUUAUGGCGUCUUUGGGAAUAACAAUGCUAAUUGGGGCUCUCUUAUUUCCGUUCCGGGUGGUAAUUCUUCUGGAUAUGGUGGUGGAAAUUUCAGGAGUGGGGAAAAUAAUUAUGGGCUGGGAUCUGGAGGACUUGGAAGAAACAAUGCUGCUACAACCUCAUCGUUUACUGCAUCAACUGGUGCUUACGAGGGGUCUUACGGAGAUCAAUUCCGUGGUGCUUCAAUGUAUGGUGAUCGAACUUGGCAAGGCGUGUCUUCUGAUGCAGAUGGUUCUGGUUCAUUUGAAUAUGGUCUUGGAAAUCCAGCUGAUGUUUCUGCUAAAGAUUCUGAGGAUUAUAUCGGAAAUUAUAGUAUUGCAAAUAGACAACCGAAUAGAGGAAUUGCAGCAUAGAAGAUUUCGUUAUUUGGAUAUCUGAAGAUACUUAGGAGAACAAACUUAUAAGAGAAAGAAGUGGAAGUCAAUGUUUAUAUAGUACCCCUCACAAUAUAUAUAGAUAUAUAUAUACAUAUAUAUUUAUAGAUAUAUUUCGGAUAAAAGAAAGCUGAUCUCUAGAGCUAGUGAGGUGCUUGUCCAGUUUUAAAGGUGUUUUGUGACAGUUUGAAGUAUCAAUAUAGUAAAAUCAAUAUAGGCUCUUUUUUCAGCACUCGAUCGAGAUGUAUAUCAGAUUGCAAGGUAUACAUGAUACCGUCUAUUGUAGUUGAUGUGUUUGUGCACCCCCGUGAUAAGACCAGUACCUCUGGUACUAUGUUGAGCGUUAGAGUUGUCAUUUUUUAUAUUCUUUUUUUUUGACGUUUUGUUCACUGUAGUGCCCGGCAAAGUUGCUGGUGUUUGUUCUUAUAGUUUCCCCUCUCUUUCUGGGAUUUGCUUUUCUUUCAGAUUGUAUGUGAGGUCAUGUUUGAUUUACUAGUGUGAAACAAUUGGGAAUACCAACUUAGGAUCCCAUCAAAUAAGUACUGAAUAUUCUGAAUUCAUUUGAUACUGCAGAUUUUGUAAACAAUAUAUUUGAAGCUUUAUGUUAGUGUAUGGGACUAUAUUGCACAUGAA